AUUCAAUGCCAAUGAAUCCAGUUUUUGACGCGCUUUCAUUUGGUAUAAAUACAUUGUGAUAUUAUCUGUUCUUUAGGUUCUAGAGGGAGGGAGGCAAAGGUUAUGUGCCACCCUGAAAGAUUACCCACAAUCGUGAAUGUUUUAUGAAAAAAGCGAUAGGUCACGUAAAUAGGAGGGUGAAUAAUUGUAGAACCUACUGUAUUUGCUGUGUUGUUCCUUUAAGUCAUACACAUAGUGAUGAAAUUUUGAUGUUUUACGAUGAAAUAGAUAAUCAACGUCCGGUAUCAAUGGCUUAUAUGACAGGUUCAUUGACAACAUACUCAUUUCUCAAUCCCGCAUACCGUGUUUAUGCUGUUGAUGGUGAAUAUCCGUCGAGUUCCUAUUGGGUACUUGAUCAUCAUACAGUUAUCAUGAAUUUAACUGCAAGUAAUAUCUAUAAUAAAACAAUUUUUGUUGAUGAAUAUUCAGCUAGAAACGCUUAUCAAAUGGAUUAUCUCUUUCCGAAUGAUUGGAAUAAUUUUAUUCAACGUCUGGAAAAUGAUAUUGAUGGAUCAUUAAUGGGACUUGUUUAUCAAUAUUAUACAAAAUCAUAUGCAAACGGAGCACAAUGUGAUCACAACUGCCGUCGUGGUUUGUUGUGCGAUUUUAAAACAGCUCGAUCAGAAGACUCACAAUUCUGUGAUGCAAUACCACCAAAAGCCAUAAAUGUGUCGUAA